ACAACGUCCUCGUGUCAGCCGGUGCGGUUGGAUAUAUAAAUAUAGAAGUGAUUCUUUCUUAUAGUUAUACAUUACACACAUUUGAGAUUCUUGGUUUUUAUCCAUUUAAUUUCCAAUGGGGGAGGAGAUUUUUCCGAACGAAAUAUGGUUUGAAAUAUUCAGUAGGAUAGACAUUUCAGAGUUGCUGGAACUACGGUUGGUGUGCCGUCAGUUCUAUGAACUGAUAGAAAGGGUCUUGGACAAACACCCGGGAUGGAAACCUAUGACCGAUAACAAAAUUUUGUAUGAGUGCCUGGAGAGUACGAUGCAACGUGCUUAUCCCUAUGACUUGAUAACCCAUUGGAUGGAUAUUGAUGAUCCGGUUAUCUGGCGAGGAACCUAUUUGUCUUUCAUGAAGUGGCAGAAGGUUCUGGUAAACGAGCCGACGAUAGACGCCAUUGUUUCAACGUCAAACUUCGGGGAUGUUUCGUGUAUCUGUACCUUUGAUAAGUACAUAGCAAUUGCUUAUGAAAACGGAGCGAUAGCAAAUUACACCCUUGAUGACAUAAAUCAGCCAUUUUACUUAGCAUACCAUGGCACCGGGAUAGUUCAGAUUGAAUUUUGGUAUUCCAAUGGUGACGUACUGGUUGUAUCCCUAGGCGACAACAACGACUUGAAGUUUUGGGAUCUUGAUAACAAAGUUGAGAUCGCUACUAAUGGUUUCUUCGCUAACAGCAUCAGCUCUGGAGAAUGCCGGCAUUUCUGCAUAGGUGAUAUGGAAGGAAUUCUAACCUCGUAUGAGAGAGUUGGUAACCUUAUAUCACCUGGCAAGACGAAAAAUUUGCCACUCAUGGAGAACCAACAACUGAUUGCGCAUUGUCAUGUCGGAAAAAAUAUGAAAGCAAUGGCAUACGAAGAGGAGGGCACUGUGCUGUUCGUAUAUUUUGCAGACAUAGAAGGCGGAAAAUUGACUAAAUUUAGAUUUAUCCAGGAAAAAGAUUGGAUUCGUUUGCCGGAAAGUAUAAAUGCUUCUUUCCAACGACUGAUUAUGCCAAACAUCACAUUUUUCUUUGCAAUCGGAGAAAGCAGUAUUGGAUCGACCAAUUACUAUGAAGACGAGUGGCACGAGUACAACUUGGCCCCAUACUUUGGAUCCAACGUCAGGUCGAUGGCGUUUCAUGCUCAAAUUCUGAUGUUUGGUCUGGACGAUGGUUCCAUUCAUUUACUCUACAUUCAAGACUACGGCCAUGUGAUGGAGCUGGAAGGGAGGAUCCAAAAUUCCAGGAAAAUUGAGGUUGACACAGAGCCAAUUGUUGACUUGACUAUUCUGGAAGUUGACAAGAAACCUUGCAUUGUUGCAGUCACUGAAGAAAAAGUUCAUUUGGUUAAUUUUUUCUAGAGUUUUCCGUUUUUAUCUUAUAAGUACUAAUUGUUAUCUUUUGCAAUAUUAUAAUAAACAGUGUUUUGAAUAUCAAAAA